AUGCUCAGUCACAGGGUGACAGAAAAAAAAAAGUCACCACCAUAAAAGGAUGUCUGCAUAGCCUCUCUUAAAACAACAUGCCACAGUUAACUUACUUCAGUUUGGACAAGUACUGACAGCUACUACACAGAGAUCCGCACGAGUCACUGAUAUACACCUUGACCACCACCAAUGGAUAUACAAAUGGCUAACAAUUUUACUAUGCCCUCUGCACCUCCUCAGGGAAAUGACUGUGACCUCUAUGCACAUCACAGCACAGCCAGGAUAGUAAUGCCUCUGCAUUACAGCCUCGUCUUCAUCAUUGGGCUUGUGGGAAACUUACUAGCCUUGGUUGUCAUUGUUCAAAACAGGAAAAAAAUCAACUCUACCACCCUCUAUUCAACGAAUUUGGUGAUUUCUGAUAUACUUUUUACCACUGCUUUGCCUACACGAAUAGCCUACUAUGCAAUGGGCUUUGACUGGAGAAUCGGAGACGCCUUGUGUAGGAUAACUGCGCUAGUGUUUUACAUCAACACAUACGCGGGUGUGAACUUUAUGACCUGCCUGAGUAUUGACCGCUUCAUUGCUGUGGUGCACCCUCUACGCUACAACAAGAUAAAAAGGAUUGAACAUGCAAAAGGCGUGUGCAUAUUUGUCUGGAUUCUAGUAUUUGCUCAGACACUCCCACUCCUCAUCAACCCUAUGUCAAAGCAGGAGGCCGAAAGGAUUACAUGCAUGGAGUAUCCAAACUUUGAAGAAACUAAAUCUCUUCCCUGGAUUCUGCUUGGGGCAUGUUUCAUAGGAUAUGUACUUCCACUUAUAAUCAUUCUCAUCUGCUAUUCUCAGAUCUGCUGCAAACUCUUUAGAACUGCCAAACAAAACCCACUCACUGAGAAAUCUGGUGUAAACAAAAAGGCUCUCAACACAAUUAUUCUUAUUAUUGUUGUGUUUGUUCUCUGUUUCACACCUUACCAUGUUGCAAUUAUUCAACAUAUGAUUAAGAAGCUUCGUUUCUCUAAUUUCCUGGAAUGUAGCCAAAGACAUUCGUUCCAGAUUUCUCUGCACUUUACAGUAUGCCUGAUGAACUUCAAUUGCUGCAUGGACCCUUUUAUCUACUUCUUUGCAUGUAAAGGGUACAAGAGAAAGGUUAUGAGGAUGCUGAAACGGCAAGUCAGUGUAUCGAUUUCUAGUGCUGUGAAGUCAGCCCCUGAAGAAAACUCACGUGAAAUGACAGAAACGCAGAUGAUGAUACAUUCCAAGUCUUCAAAUGGAAAGUGAAAUGGAUUGUAUUUUGGUUUAUAGUGAAGUAAACUGUAUGACAAACUUUGCAGGACUUUUCUUAUAAAGCAAAAUAAUUGUUCAGCUUCCAAUGAGGAUUCUUUUACAUUUCUUUCACUGGGCACUUUCCCAUCUCCAACUCGGAAGUAACCCCAAGAGAAGAACAUAAAGCAAAUAACAUAAAGUACAAUAAAAAUGAAAAUAAAUAUUUCAUUUUUAUUUGUAAACGAAUACACCAAAAGGAGGCACUCUUAAUAACUCCCAAUGUAAAAAGUUUUGUUUUAAUAAAAAAUUUAAUUAUUAAUAUUUCUUGCCAACAAAUGGCAAAAGAAUAAGGACUGUAUAUUGCCAGAUGUUAAUACUGUAACAUACUUUUUAAAUAACAUAUUUCUUAAAUCCAAAUUUCUCUCAAUGUUAGAUUUAAUUCCCUCAAUAACAUCAGUGUUUUGUUUUGUUUUGUUCUGAGUCACAAAACUUUGUUAAAGAACUCUUUUGGAAUAAAAAGCAGGAUGCUGCAAAGUUA